AUGGAUUUGACCGUGGCAGGCAGCCUCCUCAUGUACCUCUUCGGCGUCCUCUUCAUCCGCAACUUCGUCCUCGUCUUCAUCCUGACGCUGCUCCUGCUGUCCCUCGACUUCUACUACCUGAAGAACAUCGCCGGGCGCCGGCUCGUCGGCCUGCGGUGGUGGAACGAGGUCAACACCGCCACCGGCAACAGCCACUGGGUCUUCGAGUCGGCGACCGACGGCAGCCGCGUCGAUAACAAGACGGACAAGCGCUUCUUCUGGCUGAGCAUGUAUACUGUCCCUGCGCUGUGGGUGGCGUUGGCCAUUUUCGCCAUUGUGAGACUGCAGAAUCUGAUCUGGCUGGUUACUAUCGUGAUCGCUUUGGUUCUCACCAUUACCAACACCGUCGCCUUUUCACGCUGUGACAAAUUUAGCCAGGCCUCGAGUUAUGCCGGUUCUGCCUUCCUCGGCGGUGGACUCGCCCGCGGUCUUGCGAGUAACAUGGUCGGCCGCUUGUUCAAGUGA